CAGGCAUGCCAAGGCAUUCAGGGCUAUGCGAGAUAUUUGCAUGCAACACCUCGCUGCCCUGCGUUUAUGUUAUGCAAUACAACAAGAAGAAAAAGGGAAGAUUCUCAAUCUAGUCAUCUUCCUCCGAAAUUUAACGAAACGUGAUCGCCUUUAAUCCCAGAACAAGAAGAGAUGACCGACCUUCUACAAACAAUGAUUCAGUUUACAAGUGACCACUGGGUUACACUAUUGAUUGGAUUUCUGAUUUUCCUGUCUUAUCGGUUCUGCGUUGUACCUUUCACUGUGUUCAAGAAACUUGGAAUCAAAGGACCUACACCUCUUCCAUUUUUUGGGAACUCCAUACAGAACCAAUUUAAUCCAAGCAUUGUCCCGCAAUGUCAGAUAUCAUGGUGUAAAAGAUAUGGAAGGGUGUUUGGCAUAUAUAUAUUUCGUCAGCCUUUUCUGGUGGUGGCCGAUCCAGAUAUGGUAAAAGACAUCCUCGUGAAAGAAUUCACCAAAUUUCAUGAUCGGAAGAAAUUGGUAAACUUUCGAAAACCUUAUGACAGAAUGUUACAAGUUGCCAGUGGUCAGAAGUGGAAGGAUAUACGAUCCACGCUGUCCCCGACCUUCAGUGCAGCUAAAAUGAAGCAGAUGAUGCCCUUUAUGAACGAAGCAGUGAACACUUUUAUGCAGAAAGUGGACAGAAUUUCUAAGACAGGAGAAAUCGUUGAUUUCCAUAGGUGGUUUCAGAGUCUCACCAUGGAGAUAAUAUUUUCGACAGCAUUUGGACUCAAAGUUGAGACACAAACUGUUGAAAAUGAUCCAGUCACCGAGCUUGCAAAGAAAGCCAUGGCUCCACACCCUUUGCUCGGAUUAGUGUUCCUCCUGCCAUUCGGAGAAUACAUUAUAAAUAAUUUACCGGACCCUUUUGAUUGUGAGAAGAUUUUGUCGUUAUCAGCUGAUAUUAUCGCUCAAAGGAGAGAUGCAAAGGGCGAGAAAAGCGUGGCUAGAAAAGAUCUUCUUCAAUUGAUGUUAGAUGCAAAAGGCGAAACUGGCGGAGGAAAGAUUGAUUACGUUGAUAUUGAAGCACAGUGUCUUACUUUCCUUCUCGCUGGUUCCGAUACUUCCAGUACUACUCUGGGUUUUGUUUGCUAUGAACUCGCCCUUCACACAAAUGUGCAAGACAAGCUGAGAGACGAAAUCGACUGUAUGUGGGCCAGAGAUGAGGAGUCACCAUCAUAUGACACCAUUCAUAAGAUGGAAUAUCUUGAUAUGGUUAUUAACGAAACAAUUAGAAUGCAUCCUCCAGGAUUUGCACUUCACAGAGACUGCAACGAGGCUUGCACUACAAAAGGACAAGUCAUUCCUAAAGGAUUGCCAGUUAUGAUUCCAUGUUAUGCAAUCCAUCAUGAUCCGGAGAUAUGGCCGGAACCCGAAACAUUCAACCCAGAAAGGUUCACAGAGGCGGAGAAAGCAAAGCGUCACCCCUAUGCAUUUCUACCCUUUGGGUUUGGUCCUCAUAACUGUGUUGGAAUGCGAUUUGCUUUGCUGGAAAUAAAACUGACCCUUGUUAGAUUACUGAAGAAGUACAAGCUAGAGCGUACCGAGAAAACAGCUGUUCCAAUAAAGUUUGAAGUCAUGUUUACUCUGAUCUGCGCUCCUGACACAAUCAUGUUGAAGGUUUCACCAAGGGAUUAAACACAAUUAUAUUAUUGUCUUCUUCAACUUUGUAAAACGGUGAAAACGUUGUCUGGCUUUUAGAUAUGAGUCAUUUACCUGUGUAACAACCAAUCUAAAGUAUUAUAAGAAGUUGCUAGUAGUGUACUAUUAGUGAACUUUAUGAAAAACAUUUAUUACAAAUGAGACAAGUACAUAUUAAAUCUACCCUAUGCCCCCAAGGAAAAAAGGUGUAUACUAAAACAAUGUACUAAGAUCACAAAUAAAUCUAGUUGAACUCCACAUUAAAUGUGUUUAAAUACUACGACA